AUGAGCUGUCACAUAUGCGCCUCUGCUCACUCCCGCCUGCCAUUCCUCUGCUCAACAUGUGCCCGCAACCGUCUUUAUCAGCUACGAUUAGAGAACGCCCAAGUACUUAUUGAGAAGGAGGCUCUUGAAAAACAAGUGGAAGCCACUGUCAGCCAUGAAACUCCUCUCCUUCCACCAUCCGCUGUCAAGAAUCAUUCGACCGGAACCAACCAUGAUAGUGCGCGAAGUUGGGCCAUUCGAACAAUUUUGAGUGCACAGGCUGCCUCGUUGGCUAGAAAGGAUACCUUAGCAGAGCAUGUGGAGACUUUGAAAGAUGAGAUCACGGCUUUGAAGACGGAUAUCUCUAUGCGAAAAGCGCUCCUGGCCCGCAGGCGCUCUGAUGAGGAGUCUGCUCAAUAUCAAAUCGGGGAGAGGGAGGCUGCGGUUUUGACCGGUAUUCAGAAUACGACCAAGAGAACAGAGCAUCUCUGGCAUUCCUUACAUAGUAAAACUGCCGAGGCUCGGAUUUUCCUCUGCAGGGAGUCUGCCUAUCUUUUUGGCUUGCGGCAAAAGACCUUGAAAGGUGACGGUCGGCAAACUUAUUUGCUCGGUGGCACCCCAGUCGUGGACCUGAGGGAUAUGAAUAGCGCUACCCCGGUCCAGAUCUCUACCUCACUAUCCAACAUUGCCCGCCUUCUUGUCCUUGUAUCCCAUUAUCUUUCUCUCAGACUCCCCGCCGAAGUUACCCUACCUCACCGAAAUUACCCCACCCCCACGAUUUAUCCACCUGCCUCAUCCUACCACUCGCAUGAAGCACCGGAGCGGAAUGACCCAUCACAAUUAUCUGCGCCAAGCCCAGCAGCAUCGAGAACUGCCGACAAACGCACACAGUCACGGCCGAGGCCCCUCUUCAUCGACAAGCCCCUUCCUCGGCUAGCCAAGGAAGAUCCUGGGGCGUAUGCACUCUUUUUAGAGGGAACAGCCCUUCUCGCCUGGGACGUUGCAUGGCUAUGUAGAACCCAGGGGAUUCAUUUGACAUCAGAUUCAUGGGAAGAGGUCUGCAACAUCGGAAAGAGCAUGUGGCAGCUGCUAGUUGCCCCACCAGCUCAAACGUCAACAUUGAUGCGAGCCUUCGCUGGCCGAGAGACGCAUACAAAGUUGAAAUCUACCAAAGACUCUCCUCAGACGACUAUUCAACGCACCAAAUCAUUCCCCAUGCUAGGACACUACUCACAUGGCACGGUACAUUCUUUCCUUGCGGCAUCGGAGGGGUCCGAGUUUAUGCGAGCAUGGAAGUUGCCGACACCAACGAAGAUUGCGGACAAACUGAAAGCAAGUCUCCUUGGCGAAAUGGCAAGUGCAGAAUGGGAACUUUUGGAAGAGAAUGAAUGGGAAGAUUGGACCACAGAAUCCCAUGAACGGUCAAAUACCCAUGACUCUAAGGUUACCACUUCCCCAACCCCCCAUUCUGAGUCUAAAGAAAGAACUGGGGCCAUUCAAGCCUCUCCAAAAGAGGCAGAUGAGGCUCGUCGACCAAAAGGCACUAGUGGUUGGACGAAACUAAACAGUAGAUAG